AUGGUCGGCGAUUAUAAAUCAAUCUCACAGCGUAAGAUCCAGGAAAGGGAUGCUAAAAUCCCCGAUGCUUGGAAACUGUCAAAGGUCCCAACUGGUGACAAUUUGCUUCAAGUGCCGGAGACAUGUGGUAUUCUCACCCCACGAGAAAUAGAAAUAACUGGCACCUAUGACUCGGUAGAUUUACUCAAAAAGAUUCAUAGCGGUGAAUUCACUGCGGAAGAAGUGACUAUUGCCUUUUGUAAAAGAGCUAGCAUAGCACAGCAGUUAUUGAACUGUUUGACAGAAAUACUCUUCGAAGAAGCCAUAGCAGUCGCACAAAAGCAGGAUGAAUAUUUCAAGAGAACAGGAGAAGUUGUUGGUCCUCUACAUGGCCUCCCAAUCAGUUUAAAAGAUAGCAUGAAUAUCAAAGGUGUUGAUUCAAGUAUUUCUAUAACAGCUUUGGCCUUCCAACCUGAGAAAGAAGAUUCAGGAGUAACAACAGCUUUGCUCAAAGCGGGUGCUAUUAUCUUUUGCAAAACGAAUGUACCUCAGUCAAUGAUGGUUCUUGAUACAGACAAUUUCACGUUUGGCCGGUGUCGAAAUCCACACUCGGAAUUCAUCACAGCAGCGGGAUCUUCUGGUGGAGCUGGUAAGUCAAAUGUAUUAUAG